AGGAAUUCGGGGAUCCCCCCGGACUCACGUGCUCCUGGAUGCGCAGCUCCUGGAAUUUGGUGAAUUUGGAGCCCCGGCUCUGCAGCCGUCCCCUCACGGCGAGUGGCGCGAAAAACCGGCAGCCACGUGACGGCCGGCCGGCCAAUCAAAACGCGGGGGCCACCCUCCGCGUGACGGCAACGCCCGGCCAAUCAUGACAGAGGACGCGCGGAGGCGGGGAUAGAUCAGCCAAUAGGAAGGCGCGGCGGCGUCCACGUGCGGCGAGGCCACGCCCACGGUGGGCGGGACCGCGCGCGCGGCGGCGGCGGGAACCGGCGCGGAGAUGCUUUCCCAGCUCUUCAUCCUCAGCUCCAAGGGGGACCCCCUGAUCCACAGGGAUUUCCGCGGGGACCCCCCCCGCGCGCCGCGUGACGUCACGGAGCUCUUCCACCGCGGGGUCUCGGCCGCGCGCGGGGAGCAGCCCCCGGUGUUCCUGACCCUCGGGGGGCUCCACUUUGCCCACGUCAGGCACGGGGGGCUCUUCUUCGGUGCCACCACCGAGGGCGACGCCUCCCCCUUCACCGUCAUCGAGUUCCUGAACAGGCUGGUGACGCUGCUCCGGGAUUUCUGUGGCCCCCUGAGCGAGAAAAGUCUGGGAAUGAACCUGGGACUGGUGGGGGAGCUGCUGGAGGAACUGGUGGAUUCCGGGCACAUCCAGACGACGACGGCGGAGAUCCUGCGGAGCCUGGUGCACUCGGAGCCCGAGAGCCCCAAAGCCUUCAGCCUGCUGGACCUGGGCUCCGUGGGGCUGUUCGGGGCGGAGACGCAGCAGAGCCGGGUGGUGCCGGGGGGGGCGGCCACCAGACCCCUCCCCCCAGCCCGGGGGGACCAGCCCCUCAGGUCCGAGGUUUUCGUGGAUGUCAUCGAGCGCCUCUCGGUCGUCAUCGCCGCCAACGGCUCCCCCCUGAAGGUGGACGUGCAGGGCGAGAUCCGCCUCAAGUCCUUCCUGCCCCCCGGCACCGAGCUGCGGAUCGGCCUCACGGAGGAAUUUUGUGUGGGAAAAUCGGAGCUGAGGGGCUACGGCGCGGCGGUGCGCGUGGACGAGUGCUCCUUCCACAGCUGCGUCAGCCUGGCCGAGUUCAGCGCCGCGCGCGUCCUGCGCCUCUGCCCCGAGCCCGGAGAGAUGACGCUGAUGCAGUACCAGGUGGAGGACGAGCUCCCGACGCCGCUGCCCUUCCGCCUCUUCCCCAGCGCCGACGCCCAGCCCGGCGGCAGGAUCCGCCUUUAUUUGAAGCUCCGCUGUGACCUCCCCCCAAAAAGCCAAGCCGUCAACGUCUGCCUGCAGCUCCCGGUGCCCAAAGGCGUCUCCAGCCUCUCCCAGGAGCUGAGCAGCCCCGACCAAGCGGCCGAGCUGGAUUUGGGCUCCCGGAGCAUCCGCUGGGAAAUUCCCAAAAUCCAGGGCGGCUCCCAGCUCUCCGCCCUCUUCAAGCUGGAGGUGGCGGGGCUGGGCCGGGCGUGGCGCCUGGAGCUGGGCCCUGCCCACGGCUCCUUCCAGCUCCCGGCCCAUUCCUGCUCGGGGCUCCGCGUGCGCUUCCUGCGCCUCUCGGGGCCGCCGGCGCCGCGCUGGGUGCGCUACCGCAGCCACAGCCACUCCUACGUGCUGCGCCUGUGAGCCGGGAAAUGCCCGGGAAAUCCCCCAGGAAUUCCAGCCAAAUCCCCGAGAAAUUCCAGCCAAAUCCCCGAGAAAUUCCAGCCAAAUCCCCGAGAAAUCCCCGAGAAAUCCCAGCCAAAUCCCCGAGAAAUCCCCGAGAAAUUCCAGCGGAAUUCCAGCGGAAUCCCCGAGAAAUCCCCGAGAAAUUCCAGCGGAAUUCCAGCGGAAUCCCCGAGAAAUUCCAGAGAAAUCCCAGAGAAAUCCCCGAGAAAUUCCAGGGAAAUCCCAGAGAAAUCCCCGAGAAAUUCCAGGGAAAUUCCAGCAAAAUCCCCGAGAAAUUCCAGCGAAAUCCCCGAGAAAUUCCAGCAAAAUCCCCGAGAAAUUCCAGCGAAAUCCCCGAGAAAUUCCAGCAAAAUCCCCGAGAAAUUCCAGCGAAAUCCCCGAGAAAUUCCAGCAAAAUUCCGGCAAAAUCCCCGAGAAAUUCCAGCAAAAUCCCAGCGGAGUCCCCGAGAAAUUCCCGAGAAAUUCCAGUGAAAUUCCAGCAGAAUUCCAGUGAAAUCCCCGAGAAAUCCCCGAGAAAUCCCCAAGAAAUUCCAGCAAAAUCCCAGCGGAGUCCCCGAGAAAUCCCCGAGGAAUUCCAGGGAAAUCCCCGGGGAAUUCCAACAAAAUCCCAGCGGAGUCCCCAAGAAAUCCCCGAGAAAUUCCAGUGAAAUUCCAGCGAAAUCCCCGAGAAAUUCCAGAGAAAUUCCAGCGAAAUUCCAGCGAAAUUCCAGUGAAAUUCCAGCGAAAUUCCAUCAAAAUCCCUGAGAAAUUCCAGCAAAAUCCCCGAGAAAUUCCAGUGGAAUCGGGAAAUUCCAGCGGAAUUCCAGCAGAAUUCCAGCGGAAUCCUCGAGAAAUCCCUGAGAAAUUCCAGCGGAAUUCCAGCAAAAUCCCCAAAAAAUUCCAGCAAAAUUACAGCGGAAUUCCGUCAAAAUUCCUGCAGAAUUCCAGCGAAAUUCCAGCAGAAUCCCCGAGAAAUUCCAGCAAAAUUCCAGUGGAAUCCCCGAGAAAUUCCAGCAAAAUUCCAGUAAAACCCCCAAGAAAUUCCAGCGAAAUUCCCCAAAAAAACGGCCCCGGAACGGCGGAGUUGUUGGGUUUUUAUUGGAGAAAAAAGGGGGGGAAAUUCAGGAAAUUGAGGAUUCUGUUCCCAAAACUGUGUGGGAAGAGGAGGAGGAGUGGGAAGCCCAAAAUAUUUGGGAAAAGGUCCCGAAAUGCCCACAAAAUUCCAGUGGAAUUCCAUCAGAAUUCCUGAAAAACCCAGCUCCGGAACAGCGAAAUUGUCGGGGUUUUUAUUGGGGAAAAAAGGGGGAAAAAGGGGGGGGAAAUUUGGGAUUUUGGGUUCAGAAAGUGCAGAAAGAGAAGGGAGGGUGGGAAGCCCAAAAUUUUUGGGAUGGGAGCCCAAAAUUCCAGCGAAAUUCCCACAAAAUUCCAGAGAAAUUCCCCAAAAAAGUGGCCCCGGAAUGGCAGAGUCGUGGUGUUUUUACUGGGGGAAAAGGUGGAAAAUUCGGGAUUCUGUUCCCAAAAUUGGGUGGGAAGAGAAGGAAAAGUGGGAAGCCUGAAAAUUUUGGGGAAAAUCCCGAAAUUCCCACAAAAUUCCAGCGAAAUUCCCAAAUAAAAGAGUCCGGGAAGGAA